UGGGAUAUCAAUCAGCUGAGUAUAAAUUUUAAAUAUUUUCUUAAAUUAUUUUAUUUUAUUGUAAGUUAGAUUCUUUUAAUUAAGUUUGGAGAACGUAAAAAGACCGCUGAGAGCUAAAACCCCCGUCAUGGUGGCUGAUUUUGUUGUAGACAACUCCAGCUUCUUUAAGGACUUUCAUGGCCUGCAACCAGUAAAUGAGAGCGAAUUUAAAGAAUAUUCCGCGGCAGAAUGUGAAUAUGAUAGGUUAGAAAACCACUUUAAAUACAGUCAAGACUCGGAAACAGGACAGGGGCUGGUAUACUUACAGUGCCUACACGAUGAAGUUAGGAAACAAGUUCGGGUCCAGCACAACAGUGAGACCCCAAUAGAUGAUUUUGUUUAUGAAAAUGUCCUUAAGAUUUUAAAAGACUAUGCUCGUCACAGGCACUUUAAUAAGCAGUAUUUUUCUAAAGUGCCUGCAAGAACUUUGAAGAAAAUUGAAGGGGUUGUAGAUAACAUAGUAAAUAAACUUCCCAACAACUUUUUUGAAAAACACAAACGGUCAUACCAAACAAGUAAAACUUUGGAUCUCCCAAAGACGGUAAAGGAGCUUAAUCCAAUUUUUUACAUUCCCCUUAAGGAAGACUUGCCUAGCUUCGAGAACAAUAAAAACAAUAGUUUUUCACUUUUAUACACUGGAGAGUCACAGGCGAAAUCAUCUAGGAGUGAUGAAACUUAUCCCUUAGAAACAAUGUAUGAAAUUUAUAGGGCCUCUAUUCCAAAUUACAGUUACAAUGAGUUUAAGUCUAUAGUGGAAGCAGAAUUAAUCUCUAGCAAAAGUGACGAUGAGGUAGUCGCUUACUUGCUGGAUACUUUUGGUUGUACCGUUUUUGACUUUAUUAGUGAAAUUGUUAGGAAUAGGCAUAAAAAGAUUGAUUAUGGUUGUGCCGAAGUUGCUUCGGUGAAAGGAAGCUCAAAACUGGUCAAAAAAACUUCUGAUGCAGUUAUUGCUGGCACUGUAACUGUUCAGUCAGAAAAGGAGAGUAAUUUGCUAAAAAAGCUUAGAAAAAUUGAGAAAAAAGAUAAGGGUAAAUUAAGCCAUGUUGAAAUUGAUCAGACGGAAGUAGAGUAUGAAGUAGCUAAAAAUACUCCUUUAUUUAAAAAACAAGCUGUACCCAAAUUCGACCCUGAAGAGUAUCCUCAUGUUCAUGAUCAAAUGAGAAAUCACAUGAUUACUACCAAGUAUGAUGGUGUUUCUAUUAUGCAACCUGAUAAUGCCAUUAAAAAAUUUGGAAAUGAUUAUGCUGAAUUUACCAUACCUGGUGGAAAGAAGGGUGAUGUUAAAGAUAUGAAAUUAGUUAAAGUCAGCUCUUUAGAUACAAUUGGAAAACUUGUUUUUAAAGAUAUAGAACAAUUUAACAGGAUUCAAUCCGAAGUAUUUCCUGUAGCCUACAACACUAAUGAAAACAUGCUAGUUUGCGCCCCUACGGGGGCAGGAAAAACUAAUAUCGCCCUUUUAUCUAUAGUUCAUCAAAUCAGAUGCCAUUUGGACGGUAGUUUAAUAAGAAAAAACGAUUUUAAAAUUAUUUAUGUGUGCCCCAUGAAGGCCCUCGCAACAGAAAUGGUAGCAAACUUUGGCAAGAAAUUAGCCCCAAUAGGUAUUUCCGUAAAAGAGUGUACUGGUGACAUGCAGCUUACUAAAAAAGAAAUUGCCGAGACUCAGAUGUUGGUUACUACACCUGAAAAGUGGGAUGUUAUUACUAGAAAAGGAGCAGUCGAUACAGAAGUGGUGGGACUGGUAAAACUCCUUAUCAUUGAUGAAGUGCACCUUCUAAACGGAUCGAGAGGACCAGUAAUCGAAGCUUUGGUAGCGAGGACUUUAAGACAAGUGGUCAGCAGCCAAAGCAUGAUUAGAAUAGUGGCUCUAUCUGCCACACUGCCUGGAUACUUUGACGUCGCUCAGUUUUUAAAAGUUAAUCCCAAAAAAGGGUUGUUCUUCUUCGACAAUAGGUUUCGGUCAGUUCCAUUGACUACCAGCUUUAUCGGGGUGAAAAAACGUAACGAGAAUGAAACGAUGGAUAUGGUUUGCUAUGAAAAAGUUGUGAAUUUUAUUAGGGAUGGACAUCAAGCAAUGGUGUUUGUAACAGCAAGAAACGCUACAGCCACAGUAGCCAAACGUCUAAUCGAAAUAGCCCAAGAAAAAGGAACUUUGAGACUGUUCGAACCGGAUAAGGGCGUAAAAAUUAACAGAUCGGGGUAUAAAAAUAGCGAUCUGGGUUAUUUGGUGCCUCAGGGUUUUGGUAUUCAUCAUGCAGGGAUGGUAAGGAGUGAUAGAUUAGAGAUCGAGCAUCUGUUUAGAACUGGUGAACUAAAAGUGAUCGUCUGCACCACCACUUUGGCUUGGGGAGUAAACUUGCCUGCGCAUGCUGUAAUUAUAAGGGGUACUCUUCACUAUGAUGCGACAAAAUCCACGUUUGUCGACAUGGACAUGCUGGACGUUCAACAAAUUUUCGGUAGAGCAGGUAGACCCCAAUACGACACAUCCGGCCAUGGCAUAAUUAUCACCACCAUGGCCAACAUGUCAAAGUAUAUGGGUCUGAUGCUGUCCCAAGUACCUAUAGAAAGCCAAUUUUUAAAUUGCGUUCCCGAUAACCUUAACGCUGAAAUUGUACUGGGAACAGUGUCUAACUUAAGGGAAGCGAUGGAGUGGCUCACAAAUACCUUUUUGUACUGUAGAAUCAAGAAAAAUCCGUUGGUAUACGGUUUGACUUUUAAAGAGGUUUUCGACCCGUACCAGUUCAACCAGUUUUUGCAAAACCAGCUUGAUAGCGCUUCCGGUAUUUUAGAAAAGGCGCAGAUGAUAAGGUUCGAUAAUACCCUGGGGGAGUUGAGACCCACCAAUUUUGGCAGAAUAGCGAGUUUUUACUAUAUUUCUUAUAAAACGAUGGAGUUGUUUUACGAGAAAUUUGAUAGAUAUAUUUCUGAGGCCAACUUGUUGAGAUUGCUCAGCGAAGCGUCAGAGUUUCAACAGAUACAGGUUAGGAUGGACGAAAUUCCCGAAUUAGACCGCCUAAGAGAGUGCAACGAAUACGAAAUCAAUUUAGAUUUCGCGAACGUAACAUCAAAAGUAAUUUGCUUGAUUCAAGCGAACAUCAGCAGAGCUCAGAUAAGGGUGUCCUCCUUAGGUUCAGACACACAAUAUAUCAUGCAGACAAUCGUUAGGUUAGCAAGGGCCUUGUUCGAAAUCGCCAAAGACAGAAACUACGCGUUACAAGUCUCCAGGACGCUUAAAUUCGCUCAAAUGUUGGAGCAACAAAUGUGGGACCAUAUACAUCCCCUGAUGCAGUUUAAAGAGUUGGUGCCUCAUUUGAGCACUCACAGAGCAAUGGAGAUUCUUAAUCUUAGCAUUGAGGAGCUCAAGGAGAUGUCUGAAAGAGAGCUGGAAAGUUUGUUUAGAGCCCGUCACGUUGCCAAUAGGGUCAGGCACUAUUGUAAUAUUUUUCCUACCGUUGAGAUCGACGUGGUUGUUAAACCGAUUACAGAUGGAGUUAUAAGAGUAAAAGUUCUUGUUACCCCGACCUUUAAAUGGGACAACCAGACCCACGGCACCGUCCAGCAUUACUACGCAUGGGUAGAAGACCCAACCCACGACGCCAUCUAUCACAUCGAAGCGUUUGUUAUAACUAAGAGAAUGUGCCAGCCUGAGGCGGAUCCUAUCGAGCUUGUAUUUACUGUUCCCCUGACUAAACCGCUAUCUUUGGAGUAUUUUGUUAAAGUUACUAAUAGCCAAUUUAUGCAUUCUGAAAGUAUUUACGUGAUUGAUCUAAACGAUUUGAAGCUGUUUACUUCGGAAUCUUUUCAAACGCAUAUCUUGGAUCUACAGCCGCUUCCCAAGAAGGUUCUUAGGAACAAGUCUUAUGAAGAUUUAUAUCCGUUUACGCACUUGAACGCUGUGCAAAGUCAAGUUUUUCAUUCCUGCUUUUACACGGAUACGCCGAUUAUAUUGGGGGCCCCUACCGGUUCAGGAAAGACUAUUGUGGCCGAAUUUUGCAUUCUAAGGUUAUUCACCAGGAAUCCGGAGCAAAAGGUUGUUUAUAUAGCGCCAAUGAAAGCUCUUGUGCGCGAACGAGUCCUGGAUUGGUCACAAAAGUUCGCGAAAAUUAACAAAAAAGUGAUCGAAGUUACCGGAGAUGUGACGCCACGUUCGGAAUUUAUUCGGUCGGCGAAUAUCAUUAUUACGACGCCGGAAAAGUGGGACGCGAUGAGCCGAAAUUGGACCGAAAAAGAUUUCGUCAAGCAAGUUGGCUUGAUGGUCAUAGAUGAAAUUCAUUUAUUAGGCGAGGAUAGAGGCCCAGUUCUGGAAGUGAUCGUAUCAAGAAUGAACUGUAUCAACCACAAGAAAAACACCAAUGUUAGAAUUAUUGGACUUUCCACCGCUAUGGCUAACCCAGGCGAUCUUGCUUACUGGUUAAACUGUGAUAAGAGGGGUUUGUUCAACUUUAGCUCGGCGGUGAGACCUGUGCCUUUGGAAAUCCACCUGCAGGGUUUCGAGGUGAAACACUACUGCCCAAGAAUGGCCGCCAUGAACAAAUCGGUUUAUCAAGCGAUUUGUCAAUAUGCCCCCGAAAGUUCUGCGCUUAUUUUCGUUUCUUCCCGUAAACAAACCAGAAUCACCGGUUAUGAGCUUAUGAAAUUCUUACUGACCGAGAGUAGGCCUCAGAAAUGGAUGCAUUUGGAGGCUCACGAGUUAGAAGAUGCGAAAGCGAGGUUAAUUGAUCAGGACCUUUCGCAGCUGUUAUCGUUCGGCAUAGGAAUGCAUCAUGCAGGCUUGUGUGAAUCUGACAGGAACUUGGUGGAACACCUGUACGUUAAUCAGAAAAUACAAGUGUUAAUUGCGACCUCAACAUUGGCAUGGGGAGUGAACUUUCCCGCCAGGCUUGUUAUUGUCAAAGGUACCGAAUACUUUGACGCGGCGACUAAACGUUACGUAGACAUGCCAAUCACUGACGUCAUUCAAAUGUGCGGUAGAGCUGGACGACCCCAGUUCGAUACCAGCGGCGUCGCAUGCGUAAUGGUACAGGAAAGCAAAAAGAACUUUUAUAGGAAGUUUUUGUUUGAGCCAUUCCCAGUAGAGUCAAACCUUCUGGAAUCCUUACCGGACCACGUUAACGCCGAAGUGGCGAAUGGGAACAUUCUGAGCAAAGCUCAACUGGUAGAGUUUAUAGAGUCAACCUUUUUCUUCAAAAGAUUGUUGGCCAACCCUAGUUACUACCAAAUGGAAUCCAAUCAAGAUCCCAUUGAUUAUAUUAGCGACCUAGCGGACUCUGUAAUAGAUACUUUACAGCAGCACGAUUGUAUUGUUAUGCCUACAAGUGAUGAGAUGAAGAAUGUUUAUGAGGCAUCCUUUUUGGGCAUGUUGGGGUGCCAGUACUAUCUUUCUUACAAAACUAUGUACUUUUUAAGUGAAAAUAUGCAACCGAAUAAUUCUGUUGAAGAUCUUUUGAUACUUAUCUGUCAAGUGGAGGAGUAUAGGCUUUUCCCAGUGAGGCAUAAUGAAGAUAAUAUUAAUAAAGAACUCGCAAAGGAAUUGGAUGUAAAAACCAACUUUCCCUUCGACUCUCCUUGCUUGAAAGUUUUGCUAAUGAUCAAAUGUUACUUAUUAGACUGCGUUUUACCCAAUCAAGAAUACGUUCUCGAUUUAAAAUCCGUUCUGGAUCAGAUCAUCCGUAUCAUCCAUGCUAUGAUGAAUUUGGCUGCGGGUAGAAACUGGCUGGAUUGCACUUUAAAAUUAGCCUAUUUCAGCCAAAUGCUCAUUCAAGGCUACACUAUCGAUAAAUCAAGCCUCAUAAUGCUCCCAUACGUUAACCAUGGCAAUUUGAGGGAAAUUAAGAAUAAGUUGUGUAGACUUUUAGGCUCUUCGGAUAUAAGCAUUCCUUUGAUUAAAUCUGCUAUGAGUAGUGAUAAAAAUAUUUCCAGAGAUUUUGCCAAGAUUUUCCAGGAUAUACUCGGUUCAAAAGCGAGCGGUGAUAUUAUGAAAGUGAUUAAUGAUUUACCGGCGAUAACCAUUGAAACAACUGUCAUAAAUAUAGGUGAUAGUUCUAGGUUGGAGGUAGACGUUGAUAAUAGUGGCAAUAUUAAUGUAAGAGGAAAUAGAGAGGGAGAAUUUUUACUUACAAUAGAUUUAAUGAGGGAGGGAUCCGCAAAAAUGAACGUUUAUAGUAAGAAAUUCAAUAAACAAAAGGAGGAGUUUUGGUUUUUGGUGCUGCAGAUGGAAAAAGAGGUGAUUUUUAGGAAAUUUUCAUUCACUAGAAAAAACAAGAAGAUUGAGUUGCCCGUAAACUUAAGAAGAGGGUUUUACUACUACAAAUUGCACAUACUAAGCGACUGUUACAUAGGCUUCGACCAGCUGCUUACUUAUAGAAUAAAAAUUUCAUAAUUUAGUCAAAUUUUUAGUCUUUAUAUCAAACUUUUUUUAUUUAUUUGCAUUAUAUGAUUUUAUUUAUAUUUAUUUGAUGUAUAUAGGGCUACUGGGUUAAUUGACAUUAUGCAAGAUUUGUCCAGCGUUAACUGAUAAAUAAUUUAAUACUACAUAAAUAUGGUUCCCUGGUCUA